CACCAUGUCGUCUUCUUUGCUUCUUAUAGGAGUUCUCUGCAUUUUAGGAGAAAAUGGUUUUGCCUCUGCAGGGAAAGCAAGGUUGAAACGGGAACCUAAUGCUCCAGAGCCCAUUGACUGCUUGCUGACUACCUGGGGUGAUUGGGGGCCAUGUAGUCCGUGCUCAAGUCACAGAUACCGCUCAAGGGGUAUUCUGAAGUUUGGACAGUUUGGAGGAAAGCCAUGCAUUGAGGCCCUGAGCGAUAGAGAGCCCUGUGAGACAAGAACGCCGUGCCCAGACGAGAAAGGUCAUUGUGGGAAGCAAGAGUUUGAGUGUGAAAAUGGAUAUUGUCUAAAGGGUAGGUUGGUGUGUAACACAGAAGAUGACUGUGGUGACUUCUCUGAUGAAGAUAAUUGUGAUGAAACCAAACGCCCACCCUGUGGGGAUCGUGACAUUGACAUAUCAGAACUUGGAAGAACAGCUGGACAAGGUGUGAAUGUGCUGGGAAUGAAACCAGCUCAAAAACCAUUUUACAAUGAGUUCUACAAUGGCAUCUGCGACAGAGUCCGUGAUGGGAACACAGCCACUUAUUACCGCAAGCCAUGGAAUGUGGCUUUCCUCAGUUAUGAAACCAGAGGAGACAAAAAAUUUACAAGUGAAUUCUACAGCGACCAAGCAUCAACAAUAAAAGAAAUAUUUAAAACAAAAUCACAUUCUCUAGAUGCAAGCUUCUCUCUUCAACUGCAAUCAACUUCGUUCCCUCUAUCAGGUGGUUUGGAGACAGGCGUAAAAUUUUCCAAAUCAUCCAAUCUGAGUGACUUCUUAAAGAAAACCAAAGGAAAGAGUUAUGAGUAUUUACAUGUCAAAUCUAAUAUACAACUGGGAACUUUCCAAUUGCGAAAACGCAAUUUGCGCUUGAGUGAGACGUUCCUUGAAGAUCUAAAGUUUUUGCCAAGUACCUAUGAGAAGGGAGAGUAUUUUAUAUUUCUGGAAACAUAUGGAACUCAUUAUUCACAGAGAGGAACCAUUGGAGGAAAAUAUGAAUUAAUAUAUGUGUUGGAUAACCGAACGAUGACAUCACAAAGGAUCACUAGAAAAGAUGUAAACGAAUGCCUAGGCUUUAAUUUAGAUCUUGGGAUCAAUAUAUCUUCCUCAGAAGUCAAAAUGAAGAUUAAAAAUGAAAAAUGUAAAGGCGAAAAGUUGGAAAAGAAUUCUAUGAAUGAAAAAAACCGGAUUAUCCAAGAUGUAGUCUCUCUAAUUCAAGGUGGGACAACAGCUACUUUAACAAAGUUGAAUGAAAUGCUUUCUUCAAAUGUCAAUUCAGUUGACGUCAAACAGUACGUUGAAUGGACUGCUACAUUACCUCAAGCUCCUGCAGUGAUCAAACAACAGAUGGCCCCAAUUUCUGAACUUAUCCCACUGAAUAUCCCAGACUCCCGAGCAAAGAAAGUAAAUCUGGACAGAGCUGUAGAGGAUUAUGUGGCUGAAUACAGCGUAUGCAAAUGCAAACCUUGUCUACAUGGUGGGACGGUGAUGCUGAUAGACGGAAAGUGUGAAUGCGCCUGCACUUCAUUUUACAAGGGAGACGGCUGUGAAGUACCUGCUUCAGAUUUGAUACCAGCUGAUACAGCCAUUCAUGGGAGCUGGAGCUGUUGGUCUAACUGGUCCCCCUGUCAGCAAGGACGACGCCAGCGAAGAAGAAAAUGUGAUAAUCCUGUCCCUGGAUAUAGGGGCAAGUCAUGUCCUGGAGCAAACUUAGAACCAGGCUAUUGUUAAUUGCAGAAGGCUACUAACAGACAUUACCAAUAUUGAUGAUGUUCCAUUUAAACAAAGGCAAACAGGUUUUUCUAAGUUUAUAUAGCAAUGAAAUAAACCCUGAAGAAUUAAAAACAAAUUGUUGCAAGUUGCUAAAAAAAGAAAAGGUUUGGGUUUACCAGAUUUAGAAUUGUAUUCUGAUGCUUCUUGUUUGGUCUGGCUGAAAGACUGAGUGACCAUUAAAAAUAAAAGAUUAGUAGAACUGGAGGGAACACCUACUAUGGCAUGACAAGAUUAAAAUAAAUGCUGAUUUUUUGAAUCAUUUUGUUAGGUGUGCCAUCCUAAGAAUUUGGAAUAAAUAUAAAAUAAGGCUUUCUCCUAAGAUAUCUCUUUGAGUGUCAGAUUAGGAAGACUUUUUCAGAAAACAAAUGAUGGUGAGACUAAAAUGGUGGACUAAUGAUGAAAUAAUAUAUUUUACUCAAGGGGACCCAUAAUCUCAAAUCAAAAGAAGAAUUGAAGUCAGGAGGAUGUUUGCCACUGGUUCACUUAUUUACAACUAAAAAAAAAAAGAUUUAAUUUAAACAAGAAGUUAUGGGUUUGAAUCGGUAAAAUUGAAAUUUUACUGUGUGCUAAUGAUUAACAUGUUAUUGCCAAGGUUUACAAAAAGUUUUGAAACUGAAUCUGAAAAACAAAUAUUUGAAAUAUUGUAUGAAUCACUGUGCCAAAAAAUGGUGAAUGUAACAUAAUCCUCAAGGAAUGGGGAAAUGUGGAUGCUUGGUCUGAAAUUUACAUUGAAUUAUAAUUUGAACGAAAACUUUUAUAGAAUGAUGUAUCAUUGGUACUUGACAAAUUGUCUAAUAUGUAUAAAGGUAUCUCAAAUGUAUUUUGGAAAUAUUGUAAAUAAGGAACUUUUUAUCAUCUUUGGUAGAUUUGUGAUAAAGCAAAGAAAUAUUGGGCGGGGAAAUUUAUGUGCCAAUUCAGAAGAUUCUUAAAACGAAUAUAAAAUUGAAACUGAAGGCUUUCUUUUAGCACUAUUGGACAAAGAGCUAAAAAAAUAUGGAAUUUUGUUAUUAUAUGUUGACUGCAGUGAAAAUUUUAUAUGUACCAAGAUGGAAAGAUACGUCAAUCCCCACAAUGGAAGAAUGUAUGGAAAAAGUGAAGGAGUUGCAGAGAUGGCAAAAUUACCUGUUUUAAUCAUAGAAAAGAAUAUAUCUAGUUUUGUUUCUACUUGGAGACCCCUUCUAGACUGUGUAUUCGAUAAAGGAAAAAAAUGAAAUUCAGAUUUAGGGUUUUGUUGAUUACAUUAGUUUGUUGUUAUAGAAAUGUUUAGUUUUUACUAAAUAUUUAAAAGAAAAAAAUUGAAAUUAUAAUUCUUUUUUGUAUUUUACUAUGCUGGGAAAAAAAAGUUGGAAGCCAUUGCUUUAUUUUCCCUUUCCCUCUGGUUCAAGGAUGUGAUUGAAAAAUUUCAGAAACCGGAUCGCUGCCCGGUUGCUGGAUAGCGUGGCCAUGGGGCCUACUUGGCCUCCUGCACCACGGUGGGGGGGUGUUUUUGCCCUUCCCAGGCUCUGGAGGCUUUCCUGGAACCUAUAUGAGGGCAAAAACAGCCUCCCCCAGGCUCUGGAGGCCCUCUGGAGGCUGGAAAUGGGUCCAUUUCUGGACUUCCAGUAGGCCCAUUUUUUGCCCUCACAGAGCCUCCAUGCCCGCCCCUGCACUUACCUGGCAUCCAAAACGGGCCAUGUGGAGACUCCUGGGAGGGCAGGGGAGGGGAGGGGUCAGCCAGUCCUUGGAACAACCGGUCCGGUGAACCAGAUUAAAAUUAACAUCCGGUUCACCUGAACUGGUUGAACCAGCUCAAUCCCACCCCUGCUUUGGUCCCAUACUUCUCUUUCUCCAUUUCUUCCUUCCCCAUUUCCCUACUUUCUUUGUUUUUAAUUUACUGUAUAUU